UAUAUAUAUAUAUAUAUAUAUAUAGGUGAGAAUCCAGCGGGUGCGGUGGUGCCUAUAAGAGACCCUCCAUUUCUAAGGAUGCUGGUGGGAAAUGCCUGGAGACAGAGAUGACGAGAUUUGUCAAAAGGCACUUGAACUGCUGUCAGAUCUUUGCUCGAAGGGGGAAGUGCAGAACGAAAACUGCCUGGAUUUUAUCUACUAUUUCCGAGACCUCGCCCGGCCACGCUACACGGACUCAGAUAUAUCUGUGAGUCUUCUGUCACUGGUCGUGACCGCCUGUGGCUUAGCCUUGUUUGGCGUCUCUCUCUUUGUCUCCUGGAAGCUGUGCUGGAUUCCAUGGAGGGAAGGCGGACUCUCACCGACCACCAAGGAGGCCCAUGCACACCUCAACCCCACCAUGAGCCCCCUAUCUUCACAGUCCAUACCCAGAAAGCCAGUUUACACAGCUGUGGACCCCCCGAUGCACGACCACCGUGAAUCCUCACACUGCUCCAUCGCCAGAGAGCCCACUCCUGUGGCAUCGGUCGUGUCAGUGGAGGCUCCUGUGACUCCUGUAUCGCCACCACCUGUGGUCAUGGCCACACCUGAGGCAGCUAUGAAGAUCAGUCACACAUCUCCAGACAUCCCACUGGAUGCCCAGUGUAAAAGUCAGGAAAACGGGGUUCACACGAACCCUCGUAUGCAGCGCCAGACCACAGAACCACCACCAUCUGGUUGCGCAAUGUCUGAAAUUAGACGAGGGUCGAUUCGUAGACAUAUGAACCUGUCCAACCCGGACUUCAAUGUGGCCCAGUUCCAAAGGCAGGACUCCCUCACUGGAAUGGGGCUGGGCCUCGGCCGUCUCAAACCUGAGCUCUACAAACAGCGCUCCCUUGAGGGAGACGAAGUAAACCGCAGGGGCGGAGGCUGUGGACGCCUCUGCCUCAUCCUCAAAUAUGACUGCGAUCUGGAGCAGCUAAUAGUUAAGAUCCACAAAGCCGAGGACCUCCCAGCUAAGGACUUCUCAGGUUCCUCUGACCCUUAUGUUAAGAUCUAUCUGCUGCCUGAUCGAAUGACCAAGCACCAGACCAAGGUGCACCGCAAGACACUGAACCCCGUGUUCGAUGAGGUCUUCCUGUUUCCCGUGGCGUACUCUGAGCUUCCGACGCGCAAGCUGCACUUCAGCGUCUAUGACUUUGACCGUUUUUCACGCCACGACAUUAUUGGCCAAGUAGUUGUGGACAACUUCUUCGAUCUGGCAGAUUUCCCCAGGGAGACAAAACUCUGCAGGGAAAUCCAGUAUGUCUCAACGGAUAACGUUGACCUGGGGGAUCUGAUGUUUUCACUCUGUUACCUGCCCACUGCCGGCAGAUUAACUAUUACCAUGAUAAAGGCUCGUAAUCUCAAGGCCAUGGAUAUCACCGGUGCAUCUGAUCCGUACGUGAAGGUUUCAUUAAUGUGCGACGGUCGCAGGCUGAAGAAGAGGAAGACGUCGACGAAGAGAAACACUUUGAAUCCAGUCUAUAAUGAGGCGAUUGUCUUUGAUGUCCCUACAGAAAAUAUUGAGCAGAUUAGCCUUUUGAUUGCAGUGAUGGACUAUGACCGCGUAGGCCAUAAUGAGGUAAUUGGAGUGUGUCGAGUUGGUAACGACGCUGACAGCCUCGGUCGAAACCACUGGGGUGAAAUGCUCACAUAUCCCCGAAAACCAGUCGCCCACUGGCAUCCUCUUGUUGAGUACCAGGGGACCGCAGGAAGCCAGGGAGGAUCCUGUAACUCUCUGAAGACACCUCCGUCUCCAUAGCCUUGAUUAACAAUUCACUGAAGAGCCCGAAUCACAACCUGAAGCCGUGGCUGCUCCUUUUUGGACAGCAGUGGUGCAGAGUGCUGCACACAUACAGUCCUUUAAGAGAAGAACACCGGCGUCCAUAAACUACUGUGGGGAGAGAGAGAGAGAGAGAGAGAGAGAGACAGAACUGUCUUGAGCUCCAGUCGAGUGAAUCAUUUUUGCAUGUUGUUUUGAAUGACCGAAAAAGAUGGAUGUUUUCAUUUCUAUGUUCAAUAAGAAAAACAACAGGCACGUGCAGGCAUUUUAGGUCUGGGCUACUCCUGGGUUUAUACAGUGGUGACUGUUCUUUUCUUUUUUUUUUUUAACAAAGUCUUGUUACUUGUUUCAAUAAGGUGAGUCUGUAUUUGCACACUGUACUUAACAACCAGUUGAACUGCCACACUGUUUCUCUUUUAACCUUAAAUUUGGUCGGUGAAUUGGUGCAUGAGGUCAUGGUUCGAUGGGAUAUUGUUCGUGUCUGCUUCGGGAAACAAACGUGUCGUUCUGUCAGUUGAUGUGCAGUGAUGGUCGGUUUUGAGACAAAGUAUCUGUAAGUUACAAUAAUGUUCAAUGUUUUCAAAUAAAGUUUAUUCAUUAAGAAAAAAACCACCAACAUCCCUCGUUGAUAUUCGACUGUUUUUUCGAAGGGACAAUCCAAUUUAUGGUGCAAUUUUCUCUGUCUUGGUAGCUUCUCUUAGUCGUACACACAGUAGACAACUACAAUAUCUAUAAAACAAUAAGCUGUGGAAAUCAAAAGAAAGGAAUAUAUAUGUAUAAACACUUAUUCUGUAGCAUAUUAGUUAUAUUGAGUUUACUGUAUCAAAAAAAUCCAGUGGACUCUAAAUCUGGCUAAUUGUGUAAACAGAUUAUGAAUUUUCCAAUUUGGCAAAGUCUAUAAACUACUUUUUAAGCUGUAAACGAAGCAAAGCAAAAACAACGACACACAUACUUGCAGCGCUUCCCCAUGACAUGAGAAACCAAUUUAUUUAGACUAUGCACUGUAUUCACUGCCAUUUUAUGCAAAUGUAAUUUGGUGAGUCGUCGUCCCUUCAAAGAUCCACGGAUGAGGAAACUGUGUGCCGGAUCAUGUUUCGCACAUUUGACGCACGUUAAAUUUGACGUUGUAUAUUUUUGCAUCCAUUCGUCUGACUGUAUCGCUGGAUGAUGAGGAAACUAUUCACGUGGAUCAUCAUCAUGAUUGUGUUUUAAUAUUCUGCCUCUAACUGCAAUAAAAAGCCUUUCAUCGAUUAA